AUGGCAGAUAUCGAAGGUAACUAUAGAGUCAAAACCGAGGAACCGAAGACCACAGAUAGUUUUGGUGAUUAUAUCUACGAGGCUACCACCCCAGACCUUGACCUUCAGCUUUCCGCAACGCUUGUGAACGAAUUCCUAUUGCUCUCCGAAACACUCAUUUCAACCCUUACAAAAAUGGAAACAAACACUCGAAGCUCCCGUGUACAGCAUGACAACGUUUACGAGGGUGAUGAGGGACAGAGAAAGCAGAGAAUUGAGCCCACGCUCAUGUGGAUGAUCAACUUAUCCACGGUGCUUCAAGAUCAGGGAAAGUAUGAGGAGGCGGAGGAGAUUGGCCGGCAGGCCUUGUCAGGCUAUGAAAAGGCCGUGGGCCCGGAUGAAUUGGACACAUUGACAUGCGUGAGCAACCUGGCGGCGGUGAUCCAAGUACAAGGAAAGUACGAUCAGGCAGAGGAGAUGAAUCGGCGCGCCCUCGCAGGCUAUGGGAAGGUUCUAGGUGCAAAUCACCCUCACACCCUAAGGAGCAUGAGCAAUCUAGCAACGGUGCUUCAAGACCAAGGCAAGUACGUCGAGGCCGAGAGGAUUGGCCGGCAAGCCCUGGCAGGAUUUGAGGAGGAAUUGGGAGCACGUCAUCCCGACACGCUGACUUGCGCGAGCAAUCUUGCGAUGGUGCUUCAGGAUCAACAAAAGCACGAAGAAGCGGAGGAGGUGCACCGCAGAGCGUUGGCAGCGAGCGAGAACGUCCCAAGAGAGGACUAUCUCGGCGUCCGGUGGAGAGGACGUUGUACGGCACCACAGAUGGUUGCCAAGUGCUUUUUGUGA